CACCCACCCCGGCUGCUGGAUCGGGUCCUCCCUCCUCGGCAGCUCAAUUUGCCAGGCUGGAUGUCGGAUGAACACUGCUCCUCUGCCGCAACAGAUGUCUGAGAGCAAGCCAGCUGAGUAGAGGACUCCCCUCUCUGCCCGAGCUCUCCACCUGCAGUCAUGAAUGGAGGAGCCAGUGUGUGGGCCAUCACUCCAGAGGAGAGGGGGAAACACGACAAACAAUUUGACACCCUUGCACCUGUUCUCGGCUAUGUCUCAGGAGAACAAGCUAGGAAAUUUUUCCUCCAGUCUGGCCUGCCUCCCUCAGUCCUGGCUGAAAUCUGGAACUUAGCUGACAUGGACAGUGAUGGAAAAAUGGACAGACUGGAGUUCUCCAUCGCUAUGAAGCUCAUCAAACUCAAACUACAGGGGCGGAACCUACCCUCCUCCCUGCCAGUUAUCAUGAAACAAUCUCCUCUGUCCAACUCUGCUUCAAUCAUGGCUCCAUCAGCACGCUUUGGAAUGGGCUCUAUGCCAAAUUUGUCAAUUGGUCUGUCGUCUAUGUCGACUAUGUCAGCCAUGCCCAUCCUAACACCCAUCCCGGCUAACCCUCCCAUGCCCUCUGUGCAACCCUUGGUGCCAACGCCAAUGACUCUGCCCCUCAUCUCCUCUCUGGGAAACUCUGGACUCACCAACGGGAAUGUCAACCUCCUCACCCCACCUCUUGUUCCUAACAACGCAGCACUCCCUCUCUCUGGCUUCUCCUCUCCUAUGGCGUUUUCUCCAUCCACUGGCAUGUCAAAUGCAAACUCUCUCCUGGACCUCGGCUCAAGCAGUUCAAAUUCCUCCUCCACCACAUCCCUGGCCAGUAACUCUCCUAAGACCGGAGCAAGUGAUUGGGCCGUGCCGCAGGCAUCAAGACUCAAGUAUCGUCAACAGUUCAACACGUUGGACAAGCUCAUGAGUGGCUACUUGUCAGGACCUCAGGUUAGAAAUGCUCUCAUAGCAUCCAACCUGACCCAGACUCAGCUAGCAACCAUCUGGAACUUGGCAGAUGUGGAUAAGGACGGUCAGCUACAAGGUGAUGAGUUCAUUCUGGCCAUGCAUCUGGUGGACAUGGCUAAAACUGGCCGACCUCUUCCUCUCACACUGCCUCAAGAUCUGGUUCCCCCAUCUCUCAGGGGGGUGGUCAAGUCCACUGAGCUUGUAAAUGGAACUGGGCCUUACAUCUCUCCCUCCUUACUGGACACAGCAGAGACAGAGGCUGCGCAAAAGAACAAGAGCACUGUGUCAUUUGAGGACAAGCUGAAGGAGAACUUUGCACGAGGUAGCGCCGAACUAGAGAAACGACGGCUGGCUCUUGAGGAAGCACAGAGAAAAGAGAGGGAGAGGAGAGAGCGGGAGGAGAGAGAGGAGAGGGAGAGGCGGGAGAGGGAGGCCAGAGAGCAGGAGAACAGGAGGAGGCUGGAGGAGGAGAGACGGCUUGAGAGGCAGAGAGAGAUGGAGAGGCAGAGGGAGGAGGAGAGGCUGAGGGAGCUGGAGAGGAAGGAGGCGGCAAAGCAGGAGAUGGAGCGCCAGCGACGAGAGGAGUGGGAGCGUGCCAAAAGAGAGGAGCUGGGAAGAAGGAGAGAGGGUGAGCAGGAGGAGAUCUCAAGACUCAGGGCAAAGAAGAAGAGUCUGGAGUUGGAACUGGAGGCUGUGGGUAACAAGCACAAGCAGAUCUCAGACUGUCUCCGAGACGCUCAGAGCAAGAGGCGGAUUCUGAAGGCAGAGGUGGAUCUUGUCAAUCAGAAGAGGGAUGAACGCAUUGCAGAAAUCAACAACUUGCAGCUUCAGUUUGAGGACUGGCAGAAGAAGCUCUCACAGCUGGUCCCAGAACAGCAGAGGCUGACUGAAAAGCUGCGCAACAUCAGUCUUAACAAAAUCCCAGCAGUGACUUUGACCUCUCUGACUGGAAAUGUGAAGGAAAAGGGUGUGAAUUGUCGGAGGCUGAAGGACCAACUUGACACUCUGGAGAGGGAGACCACUGACAAACUAGCCCAGAUGGAGGAGUACAACAAAGAACUGAAGGAGCUGAGGGAGAAGCAGGUGCUGCAGCAGGCUGUCCUGGAUGACCUGUACAGAGUCAAAGAGGAGAAACUGAGGGAGCUGCAGAGACGCAGGGAGGAGGAGAUGGAAAGGAAGAGGAGAGAGGAAGAGGAGGCAGCCAGGCAAGCAAAACUUGAGCAAGAGAGAAAAGAGCAGGAGAGGAGGGAAAAGGAGGAAGAGGAGGCACGCCAGAGGAGGAUCCUAGAGGAGCAGAGAGCCAGACAGAGGGAGGAGGAAGAGAGGGAGGCACAGGCUCGCCUCCGGGCAGCUCAGGAGAAAGCACAAGAGGAGGAGAGAAGAAGGAGAGAAGAAGAGGAGGAGAAGAGGAAGAGGGAGGAGGAAGAAAGAAAGCAGAAAGAACAGAGAGAGGAGGAGGAGAGGAGGAGAAAAGAGGAACAGGCGAGAGGAGCACAGCAGCUGUUGUCGCUGGAUCAGCAAUCAUCCAAGCUGACAUCAUACAGGGCUCUGUACUCGUUCGUUGCCCGAAAUGCUGAUGAGCUGAGUAUAGAUGCAGACUGCCUAAUAGAGGUGGAUGAGCAGACGGUCGGUGAGCCUGGUUGGCUGUGUGGAAGCUAUAAUGGAAAAAGGGGCUGGUUUCCCCAGAGUUAUGCAAAGAAAUCUCCCACAUCUCCGGCUACUGAGAAUGCUCUUCUGUCAACUGGAAACACAUCCUGUCUAAUACCACCACUUAAGCCAGGAUUCCCAGAUGAAGAAGAAGCAAGAAUCAGAGUUGUCCCAGCCCAAUCAGACGAUUCACAGUUCUCAGUUCCUCUGUUGGCUCGAGCUGUCUCCUCAUGGUCAUCCACCUCAGAAACCCACCUAUCCUCUGACUUGGGUGAUGCUAUCACUGCGCUGCUGAGCUUCUCACAGGGGGACGUCAUCAGUGUGCUCCAGCAGAAGGACGACUGGUGGUUGGGACAGCUCAACGGUACACAGGGAUGGUUCCCUAAGAGCUACGUCACUCUGGAGAUGGGUGAUAAUUCAGAUGUGGAUCCAUUUGACAUGUCUGACUCUGCUCAGUUAGAGGAGUAUGUGGCCUUGUAUACGUAUGAGAGCCCAGAGGCGGGGGAUCUGACUUUUGUUGAGGGAGAUGUCGUCAUGGUGACAGAGAGAGAAGGAGAGUGGUGGCGAGGAUGCAUCGGGGACAAGACGGGGGUGUUUCCUUCCAACUACGUCCGACCUGUUGAGCCAGAGGGGACGAGACCUGGAGCUCCAGCCAAAAAGCCUGAGAUCGCCCAGGCAGUCGCUACAGCCAUCGCACCCACGAUGCAUCAGCUGCAGCUGUCUCCAGGGCAACUGAUUGUGGUCCUGGCCAAGAACUCCACCGGCUGGUGGCUCGGGGAACUGCAGGCUCGAGGCAGGAAGCGGCAGAGAGGCUGGUUUCAUUCGUCUCACGUCAAGCUGCUUGGCCCCUCCAGCAGCAAGUCGUCCCCCUCUCCUCUGCCAGUGUGCCAAGUUAUUGCAAUGUAUGACUACACGGCUGCCAAUGUGGACGAGCUGAGCUUCUCUAAGGGUCAGCUGAUCAACGUUUUGGACAAAACCAACCCUGACUGGUGGAAAGGGGAAGCCAAUGGGGUCACAGGCCUGCUGCCCACCAAUUAUGUCAAGAUGACAACAGAGUCAGACCCCAGCCAGCAAUGUACAGUAGAUUCCUUACCAAUGUCAGAGCAUGGACAGACUGAGGGGUGUGCUGACCUGGUGACACUGGACUCGAUGACGCCUCAGGAGAGGAAGAGACAGGGUUACAUCCAUGAACUUAUCCAGACUGAGGAGACAUAUGUGGAGGACCUGGAGCUGGUUCUAGAGGUCUUCUACAAGCCCAUGUCAGAGUCCGGUCGUCUCACAGAAGAUGAGAUGGGAGUGAUCUUUGUCAACUGGAGGGAGCUGAUAAUGUGUAACACCAAAUUACUCAAGGCUCUGCGAGUCCGUAAGAAGACAGGAGGAGAAAACAUGCCGGUCCAGCUGAUAGGGGAUCUGCUGGCCUCGGAGCUCGCUCAUAUGCUGCCCUACAUCCGCUUCUGCUCCUGUCAGCUCAACGCUGCCGCCCUGCUGCAAAACAAAACGUACAACCAGCCUGACUUUAAAGACUUCCUCAAGAAGAUUGCCACCAACUAUCGCUGCAAAGGGAUGCCACUGUCCAGUUUCCUUCUCAAGCCCAUGCAGAGGAUCACACGCUACCCCCUGCUCAUAAAGAAUAUCCUUGAGCACACCCCAGAUGUUCACGCAGACCGCGGCCCACUGAGAGAAGCUCUAGAGCGAGCUGAGGAGUUGUGCUCUCAGGUCAAUGAGGGAGUCAGGGAGAAGGAGAACUCAGACAGGCUGGAGUGGAUCCAGAGCCACGUCCAGUGUGAGGGUCCUAUUGAGCACUUGGUUUUCAACUCGCUGACUAACUGCCUCGGGCCUCGCAAGCUGCUCCACAGUGGACGUCUUCACAAAACCAAAAGCAGCAGGGAGCUGUGGGUUUUCCUCUUUAAUGAUUUCCUCCUCCUCACACACAGUGCCAAACCCUUCUCCUCCUCAGGAGCAGACAAGCUGUUCAGCCCAAAGACCAACAUCCAGCUGAAGAUGUACAAAACACCACUGUUUCUAAAUGAGGUUUUGGUUAAAAUGCCUCCUGAUCCAUCAAGCGAUGAGCCGCUUUUCCACGUCUCCCACAUCGAUCGGGUCUACACUCUGAAAACUGAGACCUUAAACGAGAGGACGGCGUGGGUCCAGAAAAUCAAGGCAGCAUCUGAACAUUUUAUAGAAACAGAGAAGAAAAAGAGAGAAAAGGCUUAUCAAGCCCGUUCCCUCAAGAGCAGCGGUAUCGGUCGACUGCUGGUGACCGUCACAGAAGCUCAGGAGCUCAAAGCUUGUAAACCUAACGGUAAGAGUAAUCCGUAUUGUGAGCUGACCAUGGGCGCCCAGUGUUACACCUCUCGACCAAUCAGUGACACUCUAAACCCAAAGUGGAACUUCAACUGUCAGUUCUUCAUCAAAGAUCUGUACCAGGAUGUUCUGUGUAUCACCGUGUUUGAGAAAGACCAGUUCUCACCAGAUGAUUUCCUGGGUCGCACUGAGGUUCCUGUUGCAACUAUAAAGAAAGAGAUGGAGAGCAAAGGUGCUGCAAAUCGUCGCUUACUGCUGCAUGAAGUCCCCACUGGAGAAGUUUCCGUCAAACUGGACCUGCAGCUGUAUGAGCCGACCAAAUGAGGACAACACACCCUAAGCAUACACCACUUAACUUUAAAGCAAUGAAGAGGAAACAUUUAUUUUUGCAAUAGUAAAAUACACCUUAAAGCCACUGUUGGCAUCAAUAUAAGUGUUGUCACAGCACUUACAGACUGGUCUGAGCCUGCCAGAUUGAUUACAUUUAAGCUAAAAGGAAGGAGACCUUACCAAAAACAUGGAAUUAUAUCCUCAUGAACUGAAGUAGUCAAGUCAGGAACUGUAAAUGUAUUUGCAAAUAUUUUUGUGUUCAACACAUAAAAGUGCAAUUAAAAAAAGAAAACAUACCUUAAAUUUACUGGUUGAAGGGUAGAGUUUUGUACAUUUUCACAGCCUUUUAUAAAAUUUUACAACCAAUGAAGUAAAAUGCUUUUGGUUUCCUUUUGUCUGAAUCUGGAAAUAUUUCAGUGCAUUUCAGCUGUUCCUCCUGCUCCUGGACAGUUGCCUGUUAUCCUUGUCAUUUCAAAUGUUGCACAAUACUGUACAGUAAAAUGUUAAAAAUUAACCCUAAGUUUGAGGGUAAUUAUGAAGUUUCUUGUCAAGUAAGGCCAUCAAAUACUCAAUGUGGCAUAAAUAAAAAGUACAAAC